GAUCAUUUCUAUAGUUCGUUACUAGAGAAGUUUCUCUGAACGUGUAGAGCACCCGAACCCACGAGGAGGAGAUGGAGCGUUCUCUCCUGAGCGUGAAGUUGGCUUUUGGUGUUGUGUUUACAAUUGCCUUUAGCCGUUGAUGAUCGUUCUUCUCUUCGUCUCGAAGAGUAAGAGGGAGGUGAAUGCUGUCUGAGUGGUUUCGGUUUAAUUAAUGUGUUAUGAAUAGACUUUUGCUAACUUUGGGUAAUGUUUUGGUUGGUAGGUGAGUACUUUACUUACUGUAAAGGAAUUGGAGGUUUGGUUUGUUUUGUCUGUGUUCGUGUGUAUUUAAAGUGUUAUUGAUAUAUGGGAUUCGAAAUGGUGUUUCAUGUAGUGUAGUGAGGUUUAAGUGGUUAGAGUUGGGUUUUGGUUUUAUUGCGUAAUAUAUGCAGUUAAGUGUAGUGUUGCUCUGAUGUUUUUCCUUUGAGCGUAUGCUCAGAGGAGCGCUGUUCAGUUUUUGUAGUGUGCUUUUCUGUUUCAUACAAGGUAUAUGAUGUGAUCAAGUAGUUGUUUGCUGGUGAAAUUUCAGAUGGAGAACGGUUUUAAUCCGAUUUUCAUUUUCCACCUAGCAGCGUCUGGUGAAAUGUUUUAGCAAUGUUUUUCUGUAUAUAGCAUCUUAAGAAAGAGAUUGGGGUUUACUUUUAUUUGUUACCUUUUGUGUUACUUUGAAUACUGAAGGUUUUCAUUUUUUUCUUAAAAAAAAGAAAUUGCAUUAGUAAUAUAUUAAAAAUAGUGUAAAAAUAAAACUUAACUUUUUGUGUGUGUUUGUGUUGAUCCUCCUGGUGUUUGCUUUGCAGGAGUCUGUGUCGAUGCAGUUAACUCUCUGGGCCAGACAGCGCUUUUCAUUGCAGCAUUAUUAGGCCUUACAAAAUUAGUUGAUGUCCUGGUGGAUUAUGGAUCAGAUCCAAAUCAUGAAAUACAUUUGUAUACGUAAUGUUGGAACAUGCUUUUGUUUAUUUCACUUUUUUGGUCGGGCACCGUGGCAGUAUCUUAGUUCCCCAACCAGGGUUGGAAACUGGACCCCCAUCAGUGGAAACACAGAGGCCUAACCAUUGGACCACCAGGAAGUUUCCAGAAACGUGCCUUUAACUGUAAAUAAAGAGUUUUCUAAGCAGUUUUACUAGGCCCUAUGAAAUAAGUGAACCUUUCUACUCAUUUAGUCAUUAACAAGUCCUGUUUAUGUAUUUCCACCGCGCUUUAUAGUUUGUAUGAUUUGCUUAAGCACUUUAACAUACCCCACAACCAAGUUCUUCACCAAUUAAUAUAUUUGGCAUCAUUUUGUCAGGAUGACUUUUGUAGUUGUGGUUUAAAAGAAUCUGAGUCCAAAUUUUAAUAUGGAACAGCAACACAAUGUAGUGAAUCAAGGACAAGUGAACAUUUCUUCUCUUUGUGUAGGACUUUUGCUUUUUCCAGGGCCUUCCCAGGCACUAGCUCACUAGAGCUUUACAACCAGCUCCUCGACAGGGAACAGUAGGUAUUUUUACAGUUCCCAUUGGACAGAACCAGAAACAGGUUUCGAGCGUUUAUAUGAUUCCAGCUGAUUUUCACAGGAAUGCCAGAAUAAGCACAAUCAUAAGUCAUAAAAUAGCUUUCCCAUCUUACAUAAGGAGGCCGCUUUUUUUUUUUUAAGUAUUGAUUUUGAAAGUUUGUUGUUGUUAUAAGAUUGUUUGCUCAGUGGGAAAAACCUUGGAAGCUUGGAGAAGUAUAAAGAAAAAAACCAAUCAGCGUGAGAAUUCUGAAACCCAGACAUAACACAGUGAACACUUUGCUUUGUUUCCUUCCAGAAUUUUUCUGGACUCACAUAUUUGCAAAUAUUUGUCUCUACUGUAUCAGUGUUUAAUAUCAAAACUCAGAAAUAAAGGGCUAUCUCACUUGAUGUUUGCAGAUAACAGCUUUGUAGAGAGGCCAUAUUGGCCCUGCAGUUCCUCAGCAAAAAUGCAGCAUUUUCUAGUCAUCUGCAUUUGCAUCUGUUUUGUGGAAGUUUAGAGCUAGGUUUUUUAAAGAACAAAUCAUUCAAACCUUUAAUAUUCCAGAUUAGGGGACUGAUACACAGAAAGUUUAAAUGGCUGGUCCAUAAUGGUACAUUGUGUUAAUGAUAGGAUUUGAGACCAGGAGGCCAGCACCUGAAGAAGUUCCCUUUUUAGAAAUCCCCAUGAUGCCAGGGGGAGGUGGGAAAGGACAAUAUCAAGAGGAAGAAGGCAGACCCUGUAGCUUUUUAUUUUGUGAUAGGAAUGCUUUCAUGUACUUUAAAAAUAUUUUCCAUCAAGGGAAGGGAAAUUUCUCGGGGGAAGUUGUAUUCCUAAGUGCUCAACGGAAAUGCUGUGAUGGCCUGGGCUUAUUGAGGUCACAGAGUCAGAUGCCUGCAGGACUAAAUGGGGUCCGUGGGUACAGGCUCUGUCUAAGGAGCAUCUGUUGCAGCUGGGCAGAAAAGGAAGCCAUGGAGGCCAAAUCUUCCAAAUUUCCAAGAGGCUGGAAAUCCCAGUUUUUAUUGUGAAAUCCCCAAAGUGUUAAAUAUUGUCCAUUACUUUAAAUUCUUUUUUUAAACACUAUGUGGACCAAAUAAAACAUGCCUCUGGGUUGCCAAAUCAAUCUGUGGGCCUCCAGUUUUCAACCUCUAGGGUAAAUUAAUAAAACAAUACACAUUUUGAUAUCACUUGGACCUGGAUUCCCUUGUAAGGGUUAGUUGGGUAUAAAAAACAUUAUUUCUUUCUUCCUUAGCAUUCACAAGAAAUGACAAAUAAUAUCUUCUCUCUCCCUGCCCAACUCUCUUACUGUUUAUGGGAAGAAUGAUUAGAAGGCUGUAAAACAUAAUACAAAUUUAUUUUUAAAGCAAGGAGGAUAUUACAUUUCCCAUAGUGCAGUGUGCUGGACUGCUCAUCAGACCCAGCAAUAAGGGAGAGCUCACAAUGGGAUAUCCCAGUGGUUCCCAGAUGCCUGGGUACAGGCCAGCCUCAAUGGCAUCAGCUGGGGAACUUGUAAAAAGUACACAUUCCUGGGCUUUAUGCUUACAGGUUAUGAUUCAGUCUGCUGUGUAGUCUGAGAAUCUGUAUUUUUGACAAAUAUCCCAAUGACUUAUUAAGUAAAUUAUGGUAGAUCUGUACAUUGGAAUACUAUUCAGCUGUUUAAAAAGAAUUGAGGUAACUUGUAUGUUCUUAUAUGGAAAAUUCUCCAACAUAUACUUCAAAAAAAUUUUUUUUAAUUUAUUUAUGGCCGUGUUGGGUCUUCAUUGCUGCACGUGGGCUUUCUCUAGGUGCGGCGAGCAGGGGCUGUUCUUUGUUGCAGUGCGUGGGCUUCUCAUUGCAGUGGCUUCUCUUGUUGCAGAGCACAGGCUGUAGGCGCGUGGGCUUCAGUAGUUGUGGCACGUGGGCUCAGUAGUUGUGGCUCGUGGGCUCUAGAGCGCAGGCUCAGUAGUUGUGGCGCAUGGGCCUAGUUGCUCCACGGCAUGUGGGAUCUUCCCAGACUAGGGCUUGAACCCGUGUCCCCUGCAUUGGCAGGCGGAUUCUUAACCACUGUGCCACCAGGGAAUUCCCUCCAAGAUAUACUGUUAAAUGAAAACAUGUAAAUGCAUAACAGUUAAUAUAGCACAUUCUUUUUCUUUUGGCCACACCAUGCGGCUUGUGUGAUCUUAGUUCCCCGACAAGGGAUUGAACUUAGGCCCUCAGCAGUGAAAGUGCUGAGUCCUAACCACUGGAUUGCCAGGGAAUUCCUAAUAUAGCAUAUUCUUAUUCCUACUUGUAUAUGCAUAGAAAAUUUCUGGAAGGAUACAAAAACUUGUAACAGUAGCUGCCUCUUGGCAAGAGAACUGUGGGUCUGGAAUUGGGAGACUUUCUUCUUAUCUUUAUUAUCUCCUCCUUUUCCUUCUCCUUUUUCAUUUUAUUUCUUCUUCUCCUUCCCUUUCUGCUUCUCCUCCCAUUUGUGUUUCUUUUUAAAUUAAAGAGAGCAAGCUCUGGGACUUCCCUGGUGGUCCAGUGGUUAAGACUCCACACUCCCAACUGCACAGGGUGCGGGGGUUUGAUCCCUGGUCAAGGAACUAAGAUCCCGCAUGCUGCUGGGUGCGGCCAAAAAAAAAGAGCAAGCAAGCUCUGCAGGUGAUUCUGACGUGCAACCAGGUUAGGAAACCACAGCUACAUAUCACAUCUUUACAUCUCAUGAAGGCUGUCCCUUCAUGUCUCAGAUAGUUUAUUGGUUUUGGUUAAAUUUUUCUGAGUUGCAGAUCCUUGACCAGAUUGCUGAUGCCAAGGUUUGUGGGCCUCUACCAUAGGACUUGGGAGGUAGAGACAUUCUCACAUGAGAUGGUCUCUGGUUAGGCUGUGCUUCACCAGCCUGACCACAGGGCGCUACAGAAGAAAUUGUUUCAGGGCAGCCAGUAUCAGGGGGCUGUGGGGAAAGAACACUGGAUUUCGAACCAGACCCAUACCUGGGUGUGAAUCUUGGCUUUGCCCUUUCGUUUCCUCAUCUAUAAAUUGAGAAAUAAUACUGCCUUGAAGGGUGGAGGUAAACAUGGAAAAGGGGGUGUAUAUAAAGCUUCUGUGAGGCCCCAGAUAGGUGUUGUUAGGCCUCACAAAUGGUGUUGUUACAGUUCUCAUCACCAAAGGUUGCCUUUGUAGAAAAGGAGCCCUGUGUUACCCAUGGAAGGGGAAGAGUGUUGCCAUGGACACUCAUUGUACCCCUCCCCCACCUCCAGCCGCUGCUUUGAUGGGAGCACUCCUAUCCAUGCAGCAGCAUUUUCAGGCAAUCAGUGGAUCCUCAGCAAACUGCUGGAUGCAGGGGGUGAUCUUCGACUCCACGAUGAGAAGGGUCAGAACCCGCAGACCUGGGCUCUGGCAGCAGGGAAGGAACGCGGCACCGCAAUGGUGGAGUUCAUGCAGCGCUGUGCCGCGCACAUGCAGGCCAUCAUCCAGGGCUUCUCCUAUGACCUCCUGAAGAAGAUUGACUCCCCUCAGCGGCUCAUCUGUGGCCUGCCCCGGUUUGGGGGCCUCAUCCAGGGAAGCCCCAAUGGCUCUCCUAACCGACUGCUUAAAGCUGGAGUCAUUUCUGCCCAAAAUAUAUACAGCUUUGGCUUUGGAAAGGUAAGAGGUUGCUACCAACGCCCAAAGUUUGCAGGGCUAACUGGGGAAUCGCCCGGCCCUGGCUCUGGCCCCAGGGUCCACAACUUUGUCCAACUCUCCCUUCCUAUGGAAAGUUAAAAUACUCCCUCUCCAAAGUGUUUUUUUUCUUCUUUACUGCUCUUGCAGGACAAGUUCCUCUUAGUGUUCCUGUCCUUACUGAAAAAUGAUGAAAACCUUGGAGAGUUCUCUUGAAUGCCUUUGGGCUAUAUGUGGGGAGUUUUAGACAAUGAUCCUUUAAUUCCCAGCGAAGGCCCCAGGCAUGUUCUUUGGGUGCCUCAAGAGGCUCCUGAGGCCUGGUGCUUCAGGCAGGCAUCUGACCUCUUUCCAUGAGCCUCUGGUUUCCUCGCUAGCAAAAGGGAAAGAGUAUUACAACC